AUGGAAGGUCGUUUCAACGAAACUGGCGGCGCGGCGUCCGCAGAUAAGACGAAAAUGGCUUCUCAGAGGUCAACUGGGGGACACGAGCGAAGUUCAUACUGGUAUCCAAGGGCAUACAAACCGAUGGACAGCCGCUUUGAUGCCGGAAACACCCUAUACCUGGGAGGUUACCAGGGCCACUCGGCUAACAAUGGGUGGUCCGAUGACGCACAUCUGCAAUUCGACCAUUCCGACCGCUAUGGAACUGGAUCUUACAGCCGAUUUAUGGGAGAAGCAACGGCGUACGCCCACAAUGCCUACAGCAACGCCGCCAAGCAAGCCGCUGUACAGGCGUCCAGCCCGGUAGCAGCUGCAUCCAGCUACAACGUAGUCACUCCAUCGGAAGGGUCGGGAAGUAACGCUGCUGGAAGCACGGGUUCUAACAGCCCACAAAUGAACAUCGACGAAAUCGCCCACCACUUUGUUUACAGGUACUACUCGCUCAUGCACAGUAAUCCCGCGGGGAUGUUCAAUCUGUAUGCGAAAAACGCGCAAUUAUGCAAACCAGACAUAAGGGGCAACCGUGUUGUCGCGAAUGGGCAUACAGAAAUCAAGAACUUCUACGCCCUGCUCGCGCCCAACCAAACAACCUCGAACAUCAAAAAAAUCGAAAUGCAGUCUAUAGGAUCUCUGGGCACGAUUGCAAUACUAGUCGUAGGGGAUGUUACUAUGCGGAUUGGCAACAAGGUCGAGACGAGGUGCGUUUCCCAAGUCGUUGUAAUUUGUGGAGACCAAACAAGAUCACGAUUCCAAAUAGUCAACGAUAUGGCAUUGGAAGACAUUAACGUAGCAGAGAAACUGGAGAAGAUAGUGCUACCCGCAAAAGCGCAAGAUGCUAACGAAGCGAAGGAAACGAAGGACGUAAAGGAGGCUAAAGAAACGAAGGACACCAAAGAGGCUAAAGAAACGAAAGAAGCUAAAGUAACAAAAGAAACGAAAGAAGCUAAAGUAACAAAAGAAACGAAAGAAACGAAGGAAACGAAGGAGGUGAAGGACACAAAAGACGCCAAAGAUUCGAAAGAUGGAAAAGAAACAAAAGUCAGGGAAACAGCCACACGAUCCAAGGUAAGAUCCAAACCUCAAACACGCGAAGCAUCGAAAACGACUGAAGGUAGACGGCGUUCGGUGUCUGAGGGGCGCGAUAAAACGAAAAUCGUGUUAUUCGGUCUGCCACUGAACACCAACGCCAAUGACGUGAAGGAUGCUAUAUCAAAGUGUCUGAAAGAUGCUAAGCUGGUAGAAGUUAGUAAUGUUCGUGUCGAUUUGAAACGAGCCCACCGGGGUGGUGAAAGGUCGCCCAUGUUCGCUUUCGUUCAGCUGGACACUCGUGAAGCGGCAGAGAUUAUCAUCAAAGAAGGGGUCACACUGGGCGGCAAGGCGUUGUCAAUUGAGCCGUAUAAACGCAAUCGAGGUGCUCGUGAGCGGUCUUCUGUCAACAAAGCAGCACGUGAGGAGAACAAAACUGGUACGUCGUAG